UCCAUCUUAAUUUCCUCAAAAUUCAUACUUCUUCUGUUUCUGUUGUUUCAAGGGCACAACACAAAAAAUAUGCACUUGAAUAGGAUUCUACAGCUCUGCAUCUUAGCGUCAUCAAGACCAAAUCAAAUUUUCCUAGGUGUUGUUGGAUCCCCAGUUGGAGAUGAUUCAAAAAUAUGGUUAGAUUUUGGGAAAGGUAGUGGUAAGGAUUUGGAUCUCAAGAUCAAAGGCGUGUCACAUAGAAUUAAUCCUGGGAAGGUUAAUAUAUCUGGUUGCAGCUUGGAAGAAGAGCCAGAAACAGAGAUAUCUAUUCCCCUCAAUCAUAUGGAUGGGGCUUCAAUCAUUUAUUAAUCCACAAGGUCUUG